AUGAUCAUAAAGGGCGAACUUCUUUCGCUUCUUGCAACGAGCGCUUUUGUCUUCUUAUUAGCUGUAGGACCUUGUAGGGGCAGUCUCCUCUCCACAUCGCUGCAGUUCACUCGCGAUGCCUUGAUGGGUUUCUCACACGGAUCGCAGAGGAGCGUGGAAAUACUUACACCGAAGAAAACGAAAAGGAUUAUUACUCCCUUUGAGCAAGUGAGAGAGAUGUUUAAAGGGCAACUUAAUAAGCAGGCUAAAUCCCUACGCAGAUUCCCCCCUAAAUUCACUUUCCCAACGAAAAACAUUACUCGGGAAGAAAUCACCUAUACAAAGGAAAGCAGGACUUACAAACCGCGCUUAUCACCAUCGAACAAGUUCCUCGAAGCCAUCAAUGACAUUGAACGGGCUGUGGCUAAAGCAAAGGCUUCAGGAUUCCGGUACAGGAAAGGAACCUUCAAUAAAUUGAAAGGACUCCUAAUGCGAGCGAUAAGAAGUAAGAGCUACAAAUAUGCGCGCGAAGUUCUGGGCAAGAUCAUGUAUCUUUUAAGCACCAAGUCGUCGGCAACGCGACGAAGCAAGAGAACCACCUCAGGGGAAAAAACCACCCCUGAAACGGAAGGAGGCAAUUUCCUUCAAGAUUUACGGAAGAAACUCGGCGCCUCGGUGUUUGAUAGCUUCAUGGCUGUCCAAGGAGACGUGUCACUAAUGUUUGCCAUUGAUAACACUGGAAGCAUGAGUGAAGAAAUUCAAGCAGCAAAAAACAUCGCCAUAGACAUCAUAAAUUAUCCUCGUAAUGCCACUGUGAAGAAAUACAUUUUGUCGCCUUUUAACGACCCCUACCCUGUGAAAUCGGCCGCCAUAGUCAAAGAGGAAAGCGAAGCUGGUGAGUUCGUAAAAGCUAUUAAUGCUCUUACAGCAUACGGUGGUGGGGAUUGUCCGGAGUAUACAUUCAGAGGGAUGCUGGAAACAUUGAGAUUUGGACCAGAAUGGGGAUCCCCUAUGUACGUCUUUACGGACGCGGGCCCAAAAGAUGCAUCAGACGAAAACAUUCAGGAGCUUCAGUACUUAGCUGAUGACUUCGGGGUGACAAUUAACUUUCUAACCACAGGUUUCUGUUACACUCGUUUGCACCCAGCCUUCAAAGAUCUCGCCCAGCUUACCUCAGGUCAGACCAUUUCUCUUAGAAGAGACGGAGAACUGGAAAAGCUUAAUAACCUGACAGCAGGUGUGCUUGAUGGGACGAGUACUCUUAGUAUCGGUUCAAGCCCAGGACACAAGAAGAAGCGGAGCCUAAAAGAUACAUCACCCGGUCGAUAUAACUUUCCAGUUGAUGAAUCCAUCGAAAAAUUGAUUAUAACAGUAAGCACCACACGACAGGGAACAAAUGGACAAGGAAUUACCUUAACAGACCCCGAUAACAUCGUAAUUUCAGCUGAAAAACUUAGUUUGUCCCAGAUCACUGUCUAUCAGAUCGACCGCCCCAAGAUAGGAGGCUGGACCCUGAUUGUGUCAGGCGAACACGAGUUUCAAGUUAAGUCGAGCAGUGAAACAAAUGUCAACUUCGAGGUAGAUUUCAUCAUUCCAAUGCAAGGACGCAGGAGACAGAUAACAGAAGUGCCUAUUUCCAAUCCGGUUAUAGGUAAACUGAAUAAGAUGCUCAUCACUGUCGCUGGUUCCGAGAAGCUCAACACAAGCUCUUUACGCUUGGAGCUCAUUACCCCUGAAGGAGCUAGGAUUACUGACGUCACGUUGCAGACAACUGACAACGUCCAUUUCACCGCAAGUUUUACGCCUCGCACAAGCCAACAAUUCAAACUCAAGCUCAGUGGUAUCACUCGUGGCGGAAAUACUUUUGAGAGAAUUUCUCGACAGAGGAUCAAACCCUCCAGGGCCCUGCUCAGAGUAAGAUACGCCAGUAAUGAUUAUACACUUCCUUUAGGAAGAGUGACGUUCGUUCAUUUUCAGAUCUGCAACUUUGGCGCCACUGAGUAUUUUGACGUGACGGUCGUAAAAGAUCGAAUGGGUUUGAUCAUUACCCCACAAAUUUCACCCAUACGUGUUAUUAAAGGCCAUUGCGCGAUUAUAUCCGUCCGCGCCAGAGCUACGCGGUCCGAGGACGUGGACAAGACCGACAACUUAUUCUUGAUGGUAAAGGGCCGCACAUCUAAGGUUCUUGCCUCACAGGGAGUGCGUCUUUUUGUUCUGCCAUAA